GAUAAUGGCAUUCACGGCCAACCCUGGUCCUGCCACUGGGCAGGCCUGAGGAGGGGCUCCAAGACCAGGUGAGGAGCAGGCGGGGAGAGUCUGCUGCUGGCACUUCGGCUGAGGCCACUCCAGGGAGGGUCAGGCCAGAAGAUUCACCUGCCCUUGCUGCCUGUUGGCCAUGAGCAAGCUCCCGUUCUCCACCCCUGCCGGGAUCUCGGCAUGCCGAGUAAACAGGGGCUCCCAGUGCCCCCUAGAGGAGGUUUCCACGUCUGCUGUGAACCCUCCGCACAGCCUGGGCAUCCUCCACACCUCCUACAGUGUCAGCCAUCGCUUGGGGCCCUGGUGGGACAUCGCAUCUCACCAACAGAAAUGGACCAGGCAGAUCCUCAAAGAUGUCUCCUUGUACGUCGAGAGCGGACAGAUCAUGUGCAUCCUAGGGAGCUCAGGCUCAGGGAAGACCACGCUGCUGGAUGCCAUGUCCGGGAGGCUGCGGCGCACGGGGACCCUGCUUGGGGAGGUGUUUGUGAAUGGCCGGGUGCUGCGCAGGGAGCAGUUCCAGGACUGCUUCUCCUACGUCCUGCAGAGCGACACUCUGCUGAGCAGCCUCACCGUCCGUGAGACGCUAUGCUACACGGCGCUGCUGGCUGUCCGCGGAGGCUCCCAGGGCUUCUUCCAGAAGAAGGUGGAGGCAGUCAUGACAGAGCUGAGUCUGAACCACGUGGCGGAUCGACAGAUUGGCAACUACAACUUUGGGGGAAUUUCCAGUGGCGAGAGGCGCCGGGUCUCCAUCGCGGCCCAGCUCCUCCAGGAUCCCAAGGUCAUGCUGUUUGAUGAGCCAACCACAGGCCUGGACUCCAUGACUGCAAAUCAGAUCGUCGUUCUGCUGGCAGAGCUGGCUCGCAGGGACCGCAUCGUGAUCCUCACGGUCCACCAGCCCCGCUCCGAGCUCUUCCAGCUCUUUGACAAAAUCGCCAUUCUGAGCUGUGGAGAGCUGGUUUUCUGCGGGACACCUGUGGAAAUGCUUGACUUCUUCAGUGGCUGCGGUUACCCUUGUCCUGAACAUUCAAACCCUUUUGAUUUUUAUGUGGACCUGACAUCAGUGGACACCCAAAGCAAAGAACGGGAAAUAGAAACCUACAGGAGAGUCCAGAUGAUUGAAUCUGCCUACAAAGAAUCAGCAAUUUAUCACAAAACCUUGGAGGAUAUUGAAAGAACGAAACACCUGAAAACAUUACCGAUGAUUCCUUUCAAAACCAAAGAUUCUCCUGGAGUAAUUUCUAAACUGUGUGUUCUUUUGAGGAGAGUGAUGAGAAACUUAAUGAGAAAUAAGCUGGCGGUGACUAUGCGUCUUGUUCAGAAUAUGAUCAUGGGUUUGUUCGUCAUUUUCUUCCUUCUGCGGGUCCAGGACGAUGUGCUAAAGGGUGCCAUCCAGGACCGCGUGGGUGUUCUGUACCAGUUCGUGGGUGCCACCCCGUACACAGGCAUGCUCAACGCUGUGACCUUGUUUCCUGUGCUGCGAGCUGUCAGCGACCAAGAGAGCCAGGAUGGCCUGUACCAGAAGUGGCAGAUGCUGUUGGCCUAUGGGCUGCACAUCCUCCCCUUCAGCGCCAUUGCCACCAUGAUAUUCAGCAGCAUAUGCUACUGGACUCUGGCCUUAUACCCUGAGGCUGCCAGAUUUGGGUAUUUCUCUGCUGCUCUCUUGGCCCCCCACUUAAUUGGUGAAUUUCUAACUCUUGUGCUACUUGGCAUGAUCCAAAACCCCAACGUGGUCAACAGUGUGGUGGCUCUGCUCUGCAUCGCUGGGGUGCUUGUGGGCUCUGGAUUCCUGAGAAACACAGAAGAAAUGACCAUUCCUUUUAAAAUCUUCAGUUAUUUUACAUUCCAAAAAUACUGCUCUGAGAUUCUUGUCGUCAAUGAGUUCUAUGGACAGAAUUUCACCUGUGGCAGCUCAAAUGGUUCUGUGUCAACUAAUCCAAUGUGUGCCAUUACUCAAGGAACUCAGUUCAUUGAGAGAACCUGCCCGGGUGCCACAUCCAGAUUCACAGCAAACUUUCUGGUUUUGUAUUCAUUUAUCCCAGUUCUUGUCAUCCUAGGAAUAAUUGUUUUUAAAAUAAGGGAUCAUCUCAUUAGCAGAUAGUAUAGAACACUGCUGUGAAAAUGAAACGUAAGCUCCUAGAUGCAUAUGACUGCUUUGAAUUUCUGAAAUAAGAAUGCCACGUGGUUCUUAAUAGUGUAUCUUAAAUCUGUUGACCAUUAAGACUCCAUCUGUGCCCCUUGGAUCCAUGCAGGCCUUCAGUGCUAUUCCAACUUGUCGGGACAUGUGGUAUUUGGAAAUUGUGACUGAGCUGGUCCAAAGAUGUAAAUAAGAAUAAUUCAUCAAGUUAUGGGAGAUUAGUGUGACUAUUUGUUUUCUUUGUUCUAGACACAGAAAAAUAGAUCAGUUAAAAAUUACGCUUACAAUUGAUAAAGGAUUUGGUAAAAAAAGAAAACAUUUGCAUGACUAUUGACUGUAAAUAAUAGAAAAGAGUUGUGGGUUUGAUUGAAGCAAAACAUGCAGAAUUAGAUAAGACUGCUUUCAUUAUCAUUUGAAAACCUGUAUUUAUGUGCACAUGUCCACGUAAGUUACCUGAUUAAAUGGAGAGGAUGUUGGGCAGAUUUUGGAUGAAGACCCCUGACACAGAGCAUUCACUGAUUUUAUUGAAGGUUAAAAAGAAAAAUGGCAGGAAUGGGCUGAACUGAGAACACAGCACACCAAAGCGAUUAGUUUGCUAUUUUUCACUUUCCACUUAGUUUACUUACGAAAUGAAAGUAAAUGUUACUAGAAAAGUGUAUGCACUGAGAAAUGACAUUUCUAAGGUUGGAGAACAGCUGUUUUUUAAAGUCCAUAUAGAAAAGAUGCUCAACUGACACAUUUACACUAAGAACAGUUACACACUAGGAAUUCAUGUUCUUGAAUUUUAAAGAGAAAAAGUGCUGAUAAGUACAUAUUUUU